UGGUGGGUGGAUUACGACACCGGAAGCUGGUCCUUCUUUUCCGGUACGGACGGCAGGCGCCAUGCGGGAUGUCAGCAGUUUUCUGCAGCAGCAGCAGAGCGGCGGCGGCGCGGAGCUGGGCCGGGAAUGGCACUGCAUGGAGGAGCUGUACAACAAGAAACUCUGGCACCAGCUCACUGUCCAACUGCAGAACUUUGUCCAAAACCCCUGCUUUGCCACUGGCGAUGGUUUAAUUAAGCUGUAUGAAAAUUUUAUUAGUGAAUUUGAACACAGGAUUAACCCUCUGUCCCUUGUGGAGAUCGUUCUACAUGUGGUGCGGCAAAUGACAGAUCCUAAUGUGGCUUUAACAUUUUUGGAAAAAACUAAAGAAAAGGUCAAAUCCAGCGAUGAGGCAGUAAUUCUGUGCAAAACCGCGAUUGGUGCACUGAAAUUAAAUGUUGGUGAUCUCCCAGUGACAAAGAAAACAAUUGAGGAGGUGGACGAGAUGCUGACCAACCUCCCAGGCAUCACCUCAGUUCACGGCCGCUUUUACGAUCUCUCUAGCAAGUAUUAUCAGAUUGUUGGGAACUACGCUUCUUACUACAAGGAUGCCUUGAGAUUUUUGGGUUGCAUUGACAUCAAGGAUCUUCCAGUGGCUGAGCAUCAGGAACGAGCUUUCACCCUGGGACUGGCAGGGCUGUUGGGUGAAGGUGUCUACAACUUCGGAGAACUGCUCAUGCAUCCGGUGCUGGAAUCGCUCAGGAGCACAGACAAGCAGUGGCUGAUCGACACAUUAUAUGCCUUCAACAGUGGGAAUGUUGAGAAGUUCCAAGCUCUGAAAACAUCUUGGGGUCAGCAGCCAGACCUGAGGGCCAACGAACUUCGGCUGAUGCAGAAAAUCCAACUGCUCUGCCUCAUGGAGAUGACCUUCACACGUCCAGCUAACCACCGACAGCUGACGUUCAAGGAGAUCUCUCAGAUUGCCAAGGUUCCUGUUAGUGAGGUGGAACUGCUGGUGAUGAAGGCGCUGUCUGUGGGUCUGGUGAAGGGCAGCAUAGAUGAAGUGGAUGAGCGAGUUCACAUGACGUGGGUCCAGCCCCGAGUGUUGGAUCUGCAGCAGAUUAAAGGGAUGAAGGAGCGAUUGGAUUACUGGUGUGAAGAUGUGAAGAAUGUGGCUCUGCUGGUGGAGCACCAAACACAGGACAUCUUAACCUGAGCCCAGCGACCACCCUCUACACACCAGUCCCAUCACAAGCACCAGUGAUAUCACUGACGUGUUCUGGAACCAUAUAUUUUAAAGAUUUAUUUGUUUGGGGGGGGGUGGGUGGGGGGAGAUGGGGGUGGCUGUCAUAGAUGGGAUUUGUAUGAAGUAGUUUGAUUUGUGUCCCUUCACACAAAUUUACCAGGAGGAGUCACCUGGUUCAGUGAUAUCUCAGAAUGUUCCUCAAGCUGUUUGAUUCCAGCUCAGGUGAGCACUCCCACCAAACCCGUCACUUACCUCUCCAGAUGCUGUCUCACUCGCUGUGUUGAUUGGUUGUGAGGCGAGCUUGUUGUGAGCGACACCUGACACGGUUUUGAGCAAUUGUCUCAGAGGCUCCUGUUGUCUGCUGACUUGAUCCCCAGAGCCCUCUCUCUGCCCUGCUCCCUUUUAAUGUACAGUGGCCUCUAGGUUGCUGCAGUGGCAAUAUGGGUUAAAUCUAAUCAUCCCGUGAACCCAUUCAAAUUUUCCUGGGCGGUUUGAGAACCUGGAUGUUUUCUUCAUUAAUCUUGUGUAGGGAGGGAGGUUUCAGCUCAUGUUCUGUCUCCAGUCCACACUAACCUGGUGACAAUGAGAUCCACCGUCACAUCAGUCGUCAGGUGGGCAGCCCACCAGCUGGAUGCCAGUGUCACUGAUACACCCCCUGAGGGAGGGGUGGUGACUGGGUCCUGUCCGCAGAUGUGGAGCGAGGUGUUUCUCUGGGAACUGCGCUGUGUAAAUGGGUCAGUCUACCUGUUGAGGUGAGUGUGGGGGGCGCAACCCCUCACCCCUCUUUUAAAACAAUUUUUUAGAUGUCAGGACUGAAGUUUUUGUGAAAUCAGUGGGGGGGGCUAUUAGUGAGGGGGGUGGGAUCAGCAUGUGGGGGCAACCCUUGUAGUGGAAGCAACCCUUGUAGUGGAAGCAACCCUUGUAGUGGAAGCAACCCUUGUAGUGGAAGCUGCGCUGGGAGGAGUUGCAGCAUCACUUGUUUGUGAGUGGACAAUGCUUUUUAAUAAAGUGUGACCCUUC